AUGGCAUUAACAAUAGGAUCAAAUAAAUUCGAGCUAAAAUUGACCACAAUAGAUUUGGUUGGUGGCAUAUUCUGCAAUGUAUGCAAAGCAACUUUCAGGAAUAAGGUUGAAUAUGAUAUCCACUUCAGAAGUCAUUCCGGUCGAAGCAGUAUUGUUUACACAUGCGUGAUCUGCCAUAAGGAUUUCAACCUCUAUGCAUGUUUUAGAGGCCACUGUUAUAAUAACCAUGUUAUCAAAAACAGAUAUACAUGUGAACAUUGUAAUAAACAUUUCUCAAAAUUACAAAGUCUCCAGGAGCAUAAUAAAUCAAAACAUAUGAUCAAAUGCCCGGACUGCAAUGAUAGCUUCUUAAACAAGAAGGAACUUAACAUACACAGAGUCAUUAUCCAUAAAGAGGAACACGAAGAACAAACAUGUCGAGUCUGCCAUUCUGAGAUACGCACUUUAGAGGAGUGUAAAGAGCAUAUAGACCUUCACCGCCAAUACGUUUACUCUUGCCCCAUAUGCCAAGAGGAAAUAGCCUAUAUAGAGGAUUCCGUGAAACAUUUGAAGACUCAUUUCAGUAUCUAUGAUUCUGACGAUGCAGCAUUGACCCCAGAAAAUGUUCUAGAACAGCUCUGUGCAAUUUCAUGCAGUAUAUGCUCAGUGGUGUGCCCGAACCGGGUGGAGUUUGAUUCCCAUUUCUCAUCUGUUCAUGCUGAUAAGGAUAUAAUUUACACUUGCAUUGUGUGUGGGAAGGAGUUUGACAAGUAUUCCCAAUUCCGAUUGCAUAUCAAUAGGCAUUAUACUGAUAAUAAAUUUGAAUGUGACACUUGCAAUGAACCAUUCUCCUGCCUAUCAAAACUGGUGGCUCAUGUGUCGGGCUGCGCUGGCGCAACCGAUCGCAAGAAACACAAGCCUUACGUCUGUUUUCACUGCGGCCACAGAUAUUUUAUGGAGCACUCGCUCUUCAAGCACAUCUCUGACGCGCACAACGGGUUUGAUUUCCGCUGCAAGGAGCCUGGGUGUGAUCUAGUUUUCGAAAAACGUCGCGAUCUAUUGCUGCACUCUCGCCAGCACAACAGCAAAGUGCAGAACUGGUGUCGUCAAUGCGGCCAGGACUUCAUCUCGUUGGCCGCCUGUAAGGAGCAUCUUGAAGUUCACAAGAAGAACAAUCACACUUGCAUCAUUUGCAACAAGAACUACACCGAGAUGACAUACUUACUCAAACAUAUAGUUUUUCACUUCAAAACUAAAGUAUAUGUUUGUAAGGAAUGCGGGAAGACCUACAGCGCGAAACGUCGUCUCCUACAACACAUGAAAACCCACUCCACCAUCAAAAUCCACGCUUGCACCCACUGCCCGAAGACGUUCGCGAAAAGCUCCCAUCUACUUCAACAUCUCCCCAUUCACACCGGGGAAAAAUCUUUCCAGUGCACCAUUUGCGAUAAAAAGUUCACGUGCUCCGCAAACUUAAACAAACACCAGGGUAAAAUGCACUUAGUGCCAUCCAAUAAGCCCACAGAUAAUAUAAAAGCUGUGAGUGCAGUGAAGCGAUGGAGACUGAAACGAUCGUUCAAGAAGGAGAUUGAAAAAGACCUGCAGCUCUUCGAGAGUGAAAAGGUUAUUGAUCCGAAGGUUCACAUCCUAACUUCAAUCAUUGAAGAACCACACACCAAUCCCAACUUACCAGCUCCGAACUCAGACAUUGUGCCUCUUGAAUAUGGCCCAGAAAUAAUGACUGUCGCUAUUGACGACCACAUGCUGCCCCACAUCGACCCCUUGCUCACAAUAAGAACUGAAGAGACAAUGCCUCAGCAAAACAUAUGCCUCGAGGGAGGCCAGACGUUUGUGGACAUGCAAAAUUAUGACUUUAACCAAACCGACAUUGAGAGUCAAAAUUGGGCACCCCCAAUGCUCACGAAGGUUUACUGUAGCUACGAAGACACAAAUUGUAUGACCAUCGUAAAUACGGAUAUAUUUUGA